AUGGCCCGGUCAAAAAGCGAAAAGGUCAUUCGUUUGAGAAGGGAAGAGAUGGAAGAGAUGGAAGAGAUGGAAGGGAUGGAAGACAGGCUGCACAGGGAAGACAAUUCUGAUUGUUGUCACUUUUCAAGCGCGAAGGAGGCAAGUGUGCAGAACCAAUCCGAGAAAGUAAAUGCAAGAUCAUCCUGGGUUGAAGGAUUUCGAUCUCUGAAUGACACGAAGGAUGCCUCGGCGUUGCCAACUUCCAAAGCCCAAAGGGAACUUUUUCCCGUGCAAGGCGUAAGGAGGGCGGAGCCAGGUGCAGAUGUCUUGUCUGACGGAUUUGAUUUGGCCUUUGAUACCUUGAGAGAGGGAGAGCCGGAACGAAGAUAUCGAAGAUCGAAUCUUGGCAAUACUUACAGCUUUGAAGACAGAGACCGCUCCACAGUCAAUGUCAAUGCUGAUGAAAGAAGUCAAGUGGGGACACAACGAAGUCAAGAGAUUCUUGGUGAUCAGCUUGGGAAUGAGAUCAGAGAACCUCCUGCAUCGCGAUGCUUUCCUGGUUCUCUUUCCGACCUGAGUGCAAUUCCAGCAGGUACGACAAUUCCAACUGAUACAAUCCACAGCAAUUUUGGUCAGUGGAUGGCUACCACGGCUGCAGCUAUCGCAGCUACUGCGGCCACUGCAACUUCUCCAGACAGUUUUGGGACAAGUUGGGAAGGUCUUCCAGCUCGAGAUGCAGAUGUGCCCAUAGAGGGAUGGAUGCAGUCCCUGGAAGAUCCAGGACAGUUGCACAGCGACAGAAUAGGUUGGAGCUAUUCUCCGCAUCGCAGCGAUGAAAAGCAUGCUCACUCUACCAAGAAAUCCCCCAGCCCAAAGCAGACUGUGAGCAAGACAGGUGUGGCCAAUGUGGGCAGUGCUGGCAAAGGUUCGGCAGUGGAAAGGGUAGCCAUGAAUCUGAGCGCGCAACCCCCACAGCAACGAGCAAAGACUUCAAGGAUACCAAGGAGUCCAGUAACAAGUUCCAGAAACCCAAGAAGUCCGAAAAGCCCUGGAACCACUUCUGCUUCCAGUGUAAAAAGCGCUAAGACUGGGCCAGCAAGCUCGUCAACACCAACAACACCAAUGCCAACCCAAUUAACAACGACAACAACGUCCACGAGGCAAAGGCCAACAAGCUCACCAAAGCUGGGCAGAGAACUCGGACUCGGAGGACGGAAUGCUCGGAUCACAUACAACUCGCCAGCAGGAAGCCCGCAAGCAGGGAGCCCGCAAGAUGGUCGUGAGGCUCGCGAGGCCAACGAAAAGCAUGACGCCAGUGAGGUCAACAAGGCCGAUGGUGCCAAUGGUGCUGACGGUGCCCACGGUGCUGGGUCCCAGAUCAGCUCUGGACCUGGCCGCGUUGGCCACGUUGGCCACGUUGGCUACGUUGGCCACGGUGAGCAGUCAUGCGACGGAAGCAGUGCUUCCCUUGAGGACUGUGCCGACUGUGUCGAGAUCGCCCUACUGGACGGCAGUGAGAGGGAACAAGCUGAUCUGACAAAGAAGAAGGCAAGGAAUCCAGGCGCCAAAGCAAUGCAUGCAGGCGCAAGCAACACCGAGAGCUCCUCGGGAGACGAAGAUACUUCACAAACCUCAUGUGCCAAACCUGGCAAAUCUGGGAAGAAAAGCCCUGCAAACAGACCAGGUGAGAAUGUCUCAGAUGAUGAGGGAGCCAUGUCUUCGCUUUCCAUCAAGCCUGGCAAGGGUGGCCGAGGCAAAGGAAAGGGUCCGCACAGCAAGGGAAGCACGCAGCCAGGAGAGACCACAGAGACGGCAGAGACUGCAGAGACCUCACCAGAAAAGGCCAAAGGUAAAGGGAAGCUUCCCCCGCCUGCUGCACCAAGUUCAUUGAGGCAGAAAGGAGAAGGGAAAAAAGGAAAAGCCAAGGGCAAGACUGAGGGGAAGGAAGAGGAAGUGAAAGUAUUGAUGAGGAAGCCGGAGGUUAUCCCAGGAGUUCAAGUGAAACGUCUCUUCUGGAAUCCCAUCCACCUGCGUGCAAAUCACGGAAGUUACACAAUGUGGGAUGCCAUCGAUGGCGAAGGGUACCCCAUUGAUUUGCAGGAGUUGGAAUGGCUCUUUUCAGAAGCCGGCAAAAGCCCUCGUGGCAAGACCGAGCCUGAUAGAGGCGAAGCUGGUAAGCGCGUCAUUCGUGUCCUUGAUGAACAGCGACGACGGCAAGUUUGCAUCAUGCUUGCUCGAUUGCCCGGCAGUGGCCAAGAUGUCCUGACCUGGAUCACGGAGAUCAACUCCGCCAGGUUGGGCAAAGACGAGGUGGAGUUGCUCCUCCACAACAGUCCCUCCCCUGAAGAAGCGCAACUACUGCGACGUGCUCAAGAGGAGAACGUGAUUGACGAAAACAAUAUCUGGGACACGGCAGAGGACUUUUUGCUGUCGUUGAUCGCCAUCCCGCGCUUCCAAUUGCGACUGAAAAUCUGGGACUUUGUGAACUCCUUUGAGGAGAAGUUUGAGCACGUUGCCAGUGAUGUGAACGGGAUAUCCAAAGGCUGUGACUGCCUUCUUACGUCAAUGCGUAUGAGGCACCUCUUGGGAGUUGCGCUGCAUGCUGGGAAUUUCCUGAACGGAGGGACUCCGCGUGGCCGUGCAGAUGGUUUUGCCAUGGACGCUUUGCUACAGCUUCGGACCGUGAAGGCCACCCAGGCUGCCGACCAAACCCUUGUGCACUUCAUCACGACUCAAAUGGAGAAGAGGUACCUUGGAGAAAUGGCAGGCAUUUUUGCAGAUGGAGAGGAGGCCCAUUGGAUCCGUCUCGCAGCCAGAAGGCGCAUUGAGGAUGCAGCUCAGGAGUGCAACGCCUUAUUGGGACAAGCAACACAUAUGUUGAAGACCAUCCGGCUCGUGCUUGAAGACGAUCCAGACUUUGAGGGUGACUCUUCUGGCAAGGAAGUUCUCGUACACUUCAUGGAGCAGCUGGCAAUGUGCAUUGCUGAUCUUGAGGGCUUGCAAGGCCAACAAGGACGAGUAGGACUUCAGUAUGAAAGUCUUCUGGUUUGGCUUCACAUCGAUGCGGAUCGCAAGAAACCAAGCGAUGAGCUUUUUGGUAUUUGGAAUGCCUUCCUCCAGGAUGUGCAAGCAGCUAGAAAAUCGAUCCAGGAGAAGGAGCAAGCUGCCCAAAGGAAGCGUCCAAUCAGAAGACUGCGAAGGAUUCGUACAUCUCCGGUCAUACCACCACUUGAAGAGGAAUCAGGAAGCCGCUCCAGCACUGCCACGAGAUCAGUACCCGUGCUGCGUUUGCACAAUGUUCUGUCGGCCACACCAUCGUUGGAAGAGUCGGACGCAUCGGCAGCAAGUUCUAACGAGCGCCCAGACUGUCCAAAUGAGGACUCGUCAUCAACAACCUCAGAUGGUGACCCGGUGUCAAGUCGCAUGACCAAUGGAGUGCAGGAGGAGGAAACUAAAGCCGCCAAUGCUGAGACCGGGGCAGAGCAAUCAGUCGAGGUCAGUCAGAUGCAGAUGGUGAAAGAGGUGUUGGAAGAGUACAAGAGCAGGCCUGCAGCCAAUGUGUUGCAAAUCUCGGCCAAACUGGGGCCAAACCCGUGA